AGAAAGAAGGAAAGAGGAGUGACAGUUAAACAAUAGAAGAAAACAAGUUUGCUUGCAGUGACAGUUACUGAGUUGUGGCAGUUCUUAUUAAUCUGUCUAUCCCCUUCCUUGAAAGCUCUUCCAUUUUUUCUCAUUUUCAAAUUCCUCACACCCUUUAUUUAAAACCUCUUCUUUUUCUCUCUAAUUGUUAACACCACAAUGGAAUCUGAUUACGGGCUUGCUGUGGAGGAAGAGAAACGUGUCAUCGGAGUAACAACCAAGGUGGACAAUAUAAAGAAAGAAGAUGAAGAAAUUCAGACCAUUUCUGCUGCAAAUAAAAAUUCAAAAGGUGUCACUAAGGAAACUGGUGGGAGAGCAAGUGUUGCUUCCAAGAGCAACAAAUAUGCCAAAUAUCAUUUGAAGGGUCUGAGUUCAAUACCUCAAAAACAAAGGCCUUCACUUUCCCAAAGCAUUUCUUUCCCACCCAGAUCAUCUCGAGAAGAUGCUAUGCACAAAAACAUUGAUGGCUAUAUUCUGAAGACAAACGUUCGUCAUUUAAACAACUCCACAAACUCACUGGCUUUGAAACGCUCUGCGUUUGGAAGGACUACUACAGUUACUCCAGCCACCAAGAGCCAAGUUUCUGAGACAUCUUUACUUGUUGAUCAUGUGUCAAACAGGGCAAAGUCUGGAAAACCAAAUAAAGAUGAUGAUGAUUGCCAUUCCGCGACUUCAAGUGCUACUCCUCGUCUGAGAAGCAGUGGAGUUGGAUUUUCCUUUCGAUUGGAAGAAAGAGCUGAAAAGCGAAAGGAGUUUUUCUCAAAGUUGGAGGAAAAAACUCUAGCCAAGGAAGCAGAGAAAACUAACCUACAAGCAAAAUCAAAGGAAAACCAAGAGGCAGAGAUCAAACUAUUGAGGAAGAGCCUGACAUUCAAAGCCACUCCAAUGCCAAAUUUCUACAAGGAACCACCUCCAAAAGUUGAGCUUAAGAAGAUACCAACAACACGCCCAAAAUCCCCAAAGCUUGGAAGGCACAAGGAACCUACAAUGAACAACAAUUCAGUAGAAGAUAAGUGUAGCUCAAGUCCGCGUGGGAAACAACAGCAGAAUGACUCAAACAAGGGUAAGGGUCAUAAGGAUGUGAUUUCAAAGAAACAAAUCCCAAAAAACCACUCCAAGCUGAAGUCUGAGGAAAAUGUAACCAUAGAAAACAAAGAAUUCCAAGUUCCAGAUAACAACAAUUCUGAAUGCAAAAAUGACAUGGAGUUACAACAAUGUGAACCAGGUCAUGCAUCAAAUACUGCACUGCUUCUAAAUUCUACUACGACGGAGCUUUUGUCGUAUGAGGUUAUUGUUGGAGUGUAGAUUUAUAUCAUCGGACUUUAUAAUUAUGUAAGAUUAGAGUUCUAUGUUGUUAAUUAUUUCGUUAUCAUUGUGAAUACCGAGGUUGCUUCAUGUUCAUCAUAAACGAGUAUUAUUCCAAAUAAGAGUUGC